ACAAUAUUUUAUUGUUUUACAAGUAAUGCAGGGUAGCAUGAGCAGCAGCAACUCCCUGGCCAACACAAAAGCAUACAGUGGAAGCUUAAAGUGUCAGCAACAGCUUGGAAUUGGCAUCUAAAGGAUGAAUCUACCAUUGCAAUUCUGUUGAUAGAUGAUUAGUACAAAUUAUUUCAAAAUCAGAACGCAAAGUGCAGGUGAGUGUAAAAGUUGUACAUUACAUCCCAGUAGACAUUCCCUUGUGGUAGGGCUCCUUUAGCAGGUGGGGAUAUGGUUGGUUCAGAGAUGCCAACGUCACUACAGUCCUUGAGAGUAUCUCCGCUAUCAAAAUGGUAUAACCUCCCCAAUGGUGUGGCAGGUUUUGGAGUAGACAGUUUUUCCAUUCUCAUACACAGAUUUGUAACAAUUUUGGGAUGAGAACUGACUGUUCAACGAUGCUGCCUUGAAUGCUGCUGGAGCUAACACAUUGGGUGCUUUCAUUGUCACCGUCAGACCCAAAAUCCUGAGAAACAUCACUGCUGCUAAAAUCCAUGUUGCUUGAGGAGUUGGCCCACCUGUUCAAGGGCGCCUGUCGCUUCUGCCGAGGCAAGGGCGCCUGUCGCUUCUGCCGAGGCAAGGGCGCCUGUCGCUUCUGCCGAGGCAAGGGCGCCUGUCGCUUCUGCCGAGGCAAGGGCGCCUGUCGCUUCUGCCGAGGCAAGGGCGCCUGUCGCUUCUGCCGAGGCAAGGGCGCCUGUCGCUUCUGCCGAGGCAAGGGCGCCUGUCGCUUCUGCCGAGGCAAGGGCGCCUGUCGCUUCUGCCGAGGCAAGGGCGCCUGUCGCUUCUGCCGAGGCAAGGGCGCCUGUCGCUUCUGCCGAGGCAAGGGCGCCUGUCGCUUCUGCCGAGGCAAGGGCGCCUGUCGCUUCUGCCGAGGCAAGGGCGCCUGUCGCUUCUGCCGAGGCAAGGGCGCCUGUCGCUUCUGCCGAGGCAAGGGCGCCUGUCGCUUCUGCCGAGGCAAGGGCGCCUGUCGCUUCUGCCGAGGCAAGGGCGCCUGUCGCUUCUGCCGAGGCAAGGGCGCCUGUCGCUUCUGCCGAGGCAAGGGCGCCUGUCGCUUCUGCCGAGGCAAGGGCGCCUGUCGCUUCUGCCGAGGCAAGGGCGCCUGUCGCUUCUGCCGAGGCAAGGGCGCCUGUCGCUUCUGCCGAGGCAAGGGCGCCUGUCGCUUCUGCCGAGGCAAGGGCGCCUGUCGCUUCUGCCGAGGUACCGUGGCCGGUUGCUUCAGCUAA